ACCCACAUCAACAGACUUCCUCAUGAGAAAGGCAGAUGAGCCAGCAGGCUGUCUUGUUUUGCAAGAAACUCUAGUUCCUGGAGGUAUCCWUUCAGUGCUGUAAUAAUCAUCUGAUCUCACUCACAGGGUGGACGAUAUGGGGACCUAUACAGACCAGGGGGACCAGUAUAUGCUAAAUGGGAGUCCAGAGGGGGCGAAGGCUGCUUCCUACAUCCAGGACAUGGAGCUGAGGGAGGAAUGGCAGGAUGAGGAGUUCCCCAGACCUCUUCCUGAAGAUUCCCAUAGUCCUGAGACCCAAGGAGAAAAUGCAGAGAGACCAGCUCCACCCACCAGCCUGGCCCUGUCAGAAAACCCCAUAAGGAAGAAGCGUCUGGUGGCGCCCACCCUCAGCCUGACCCUGUCCCGUACCGACUCAGCGGACCGCAGCGUGAGGUCGGGGGACACCGGGUACUCUGCCGCUGCCCUCUCACCUGACAAAGAUGACACGGAGCUGGACAUCAACCUGGAGGCCCUGGAGACGCCCUCGGACAGCGAGUCCUGCAACUUCCCUGACAGCAUGCACGAACUGGAGUGGGAGGAUGACCUGCCGCGGCUGGGCCGGGGGGAGGAUGGUGUCUCAGGCACCACGGUGAUGGAGCAGGCAGAGAUGGGCUCCAUGGAGCUAGACCAGGUGGACAACAGGGGGCGCCGCUGGAGAAGGUUCUGCGUCACAGGACAGGAGUACCACGUCAACAUGAGUGUCCUGGAGCCAUACCUCCAGGUGCUCUCCCACGGAGGUUAUUACGGGGAGGCUAUGAACGCCAUCAUCACGUUCUCCUCCUGUUACCUACCAGAGAACACGGUGGAGAACUAUGAGUACGUCAUGGACAAUCUCUUCAGGUACAUAGUGGGGACGCUGGACCUGAUGGUGUCAGAAGGCUAUGUCAUGGUGUACCUGUGCAGCAUGGCUCCCAGGAAUAAGAUGCCCGCCAUCAAAUGGCUGCGACAGUGUUACACCUCCAUUGACAGAAGGUACAGAGGAUUGAAGGGGCUUUUUGUGGUCCACCCUGCCUGGUACAUCAAAGCACUCAUCACUGUCGUCAAGCCUUUCAUCAGUGAGAAGUUCAGCCGGAAGAUCCGCUUCAUUCACAGCCUGCAGGAGCUGUCCGAGUACAUCCCCAUGGAACGCCUGCAGAUUCCCGACAGCAUCCGAGAGUAUGAUGCGAGGAUGAACAGGUGAGGUGAGGGACAUAUCGUGGGAAGCCAAAGAGCGGACAUUGAGUGGAUAGGUGAAGGAGGGGAAGACAGCAGACGACCAGGAACUAUGGGCUGAAUUACCAUGGAAGUUCACAAGUCAACUAGUCCAGAUGUCACCCUGCAGGUUUACUUGGACGUGCAGCACUUUAGUUGUACAGAAAAUGAAAGACUUUGUGUGUACAGACACACCUUUUAUUUAUUCAUCGUUGAAUGUAAUGUCACUAAAGAAGUUCACUUCCCCAAGCCACUGGCUUUGCAACAGUUUCAUAACUGCCCCUAUUUUGUGGUACUUGAAUGCAACCCUAUCAUAUGUAUUGAUGCCAGAGGGAUUUGUGAGACCUGUCGUCAAGGAGCAACCUACAGUCAGUUUGAACACAACAUUUAACACUAGAGUUAAAUGAAAGGUCCAGAUGGUUUUCUGUUACAGUUACCUUCACUGGAACUCACAUUGACAUUUACUGCUGCUUUAUCUGUAGGGGCUUACUGCACUCUAGUGCCAAGUACAACACUUUUGACUGUGUCGGGAGAUGGGAUGUCACCUUUUAAUAUUUACUAAAAUGUGAUUGUGCGCAACAAAUACUUUAGGUUAAGAGGGAGACACAAAGUGUAUUUAAAAAAAUAAAUCAGAUUUUACAUCAUGACAUUCUGACGUAUUUUACUGUAUUAUUCUGACCUUGUAAACCUAAGCCUUUUAAUAGCCUACCCUCAGAGCAAAUAUUUAUGUAAGAGAACUCUUGAACAACCUGUAAUUUUCUAACCAUACUUUCUAUAGCUGAAUGAUCUUCUCACUUUUUAAGAUAUUUGUUUUAGAGCACUGCUUACCACGUGUGUAAGGGCUUUUACACUAUUUAAGGAAGGGUGUUCACCAUGGAAAUGCUGCAGGCAUUCAGGAAAUGGGCUUUGACAGCACAGGAAGUGAGGUAGCUAUGGAAGAAGAAUACUGCUGCCUGCAUUUACUGUAACUCAGGAACAGUGACUUGUCCAUUAAUUAGGAAUGAGAUAUUUAAUCUGAAAAUGAAAAACAUUUUUCUGAAAAAGGGAGCUAUUGAAUGUAUUGUUUUAUGUUAGUCCUUUAUGCUGAUUAAAAAACAUGAUCUGGCAACCACACAGAAAAAAUGUUUUUGUGUGGAGGUGCUGACUAACAACAAA